UCAUUCACUUCACUACGUGUGUAAUAACGAAAUAAGGUAUCAUAUGAAAGGAAAACUGAAACAAUGAGUGAAAUGAUCAGCUGCAGCUCAUCAAUGGCGGAAGAUUAUAUACAUGUGUAUAUGGGAAACAUAAAGCUGUUAUAACUGAAAGUUAACCGAAAGUUAACUAACCUAACUAACUCCCUUGUAACUAACCUAACAAAUGCUGUUAAGAGUGUGCAGUGUGCUCGUGUUGCCUUUCUGGUAAAGAAGAGAGAAAAUGACACCUCAAUUUGCAGCAAGCCACUCUUUUUUCCGCGUUCCUCCCACUUCCCCUUCUCUCCGUUUCACAAGGAAUAAAGAUUUGAUUCCAGAAAGAUAUACUAUAAUCAACAGGAAAAAGAAUCAUGCCAUCACAGCUUUUGCAGGCAAUUCUCUUGGAAAAUCAGCUAUCCAACUCAAUGCUGCUUCAUCUCCACUAUUUGCUGAUAAAGAAGCUCACCUCUCACUCAAACUUCCUAUGUCUCGAAAAUCCAAUACUACAAUCCGACAAGCAUUUAUAUAUCAUUCAUCUGGUUUCCGAAUCCCAUCAAAUGCUGAGAAGCCAGAAUGGUGGUGGAGGACUUUAUCCUGUGUUCCCUAUCUGUUAGCAUUGCAGAUAUCUGCAGCUGGGUUUUAUCUAGAACCUAUCCUUGAGAAAUUUCCAUUGUUUCGGAAUUUGGUUUUUUAUAUCCCAGGAGCUGUCAACCGAUUACCAAACUGGUUCCCUAUGCUAUAUUGCAAUGUGGCUAUUGUAUGGGUGGUAAAAAACAAGGACUUGCCCCUUAUCUUCAGAUUCCAUUUAAUGAUGGGAAUGCUACUGGAACAUGCUCUGCAGAUAGUGUGGAUUUCAAGCAAUUUCCUGCCACUUAUACACUUCAAGGGAACUUUGGGGAUGUAUUACUGGGCUGGUGUGGCGUUGACAUAUAUUUUUGUAAUAAUAAGGUGCAUAAGGUGUGCACUUCUGGGUACAUUUGUGAGUAUCCCUCUACUUAGUGAAUCAGCUUUUAUUCAUUCUCUAUUUAGUUAAUGAGGGUUUCAACGGCCAUUUUAGGAUGUGGUCAAGAGCAUAUGUACUAUACUAGUGGUUUUGCAGUUGAAUGAAGGAUUGUCUC